CUGGCCUUACUGGUUUGCCACUGUUUUCGUGGGUAUCAAACAAGGUCGAGCUCAUCACAACGCUGCAACCAAUUUGUUUACAAACAUGGGGAAGCUGAAUAUCUUUGUGGUGUCCUUUAGCAACUUGCAGGGUGUUUACUACGCAGGCCAGGUCGUGCAGGGCCAUGUCACGGUGGAACUUACAGACACUAUGAAAAUGAGAGGAAUUCGUCUUCGAUUUGAAGGCAAGGCCUACGUACAUUGGACUGAGAGGCAUACAACUGGUUCUGGAGACAACCGACGUACAGAGACUCGCCACUACUCUGCUCGGGAACAGUACUUCAACCAGGACAUCUUGCUGGCUGGUAGAUGGAAGCAGCAGUCUGGGGAGGACAUCCAUCUGCCUGCUGGCCGCCACACCUUCCCGUUUGCGUUUCAACUCCCACCUCAACUUCCAUCAUCCUUUGAAGGACAACAUGGUCAUGUUCGUUACACAGCUAAAGGAAUCAUUGAUAAACCAUGGAAAUUCGACCACGAAACGAAAAGGCCAUUUACAGUGAUUUGUUUGCUGGACCUUAACAGAGAUCCAAAUGCCAUGAUACCUGCUCAAGGUGCCAACUCCAAGACACUUUGCUGCUGGUGCUGUGCAUCAGGACCAAUCUCUGCUAACUUCUCCAUCGACAGACAGGGAUAUGUUCCCGGGGAAGCCAUCAUUCUCAAGGCUGAAAUUGACAACCAGUCAAACAGGAGAAUAAAGUCAUCGUCUGUGAAAAUGACAAUGGUGACAAUGUUCCAUGCUACCAGCAAAACAAGAACUUCAAGCCGUGUGAUUGCCAAGCUGAAGCAUGGUGAGAUCGAAGAAGGGGGACACGAUUACUGGAAUGGUGACCAGCUGGUUAUUCCACCACUGCCGCCAUCGUUUCUUGCUGGUUGCAACAUCAUCGACAUUAGAUACAAUGUACAGUUUGAAGUGACUCCUUCAGGACCAAGCUUUGAUCUUGACAUCCCUCUACCAGUGAUAAUUGGCACCAUCCCUCUACAAAGUGUCCUUGCUCAGCAUCCUCCUAUGGCACCUCCGGUAGGGGCCCCCAUGAUCAUGCCAAAUCCUGCAGGUGCUGGUGGAGCCUAUCCCCCUCCUGGUGCAGGAGCCCCCCAGCCAGGAGCCUACCCCCCUCCUGGUGCAGGAGCUUACCCCCAUCCUGGUGCAGGAGCUUACCCCCCUACUGGUGCAGGAGCGGCCCAACCAGGAGCCUACCCCCCUCCUACCGGAGCCUACCCCCCCGGAGAGUCUCUGCCCCCAGGAGCCCCACCAGCCUAUCCUCCAGGGAUGCCAACCGAUUUGCCAAAUUUGCCGCCUCCCUCCUACGGAGAGUGUGUGUUCGGCAAGGUCGACAUCAAGGAGGAAGGGGAGAAUGAGCACCUGCAGGGAGACAACAGAUAUGCUCCCGUCUACACGUACUACGACUGGGGCCACAAGCCCUCCGCCCCUCCAACAGAGUAGAUAUCAGGGGAGCUGAGGUGGAUUAUAACUCCUAUGUGUACCAUCAGAGGGGCCACAAGACAUCUGCUCUUGCUAUGGAGUCAAUAUUGUAGUUAUCAGUAGGGGAGGGGUAUACUAGAUAAUAACACCUGCAUACAUGUACUAUGAGAGGGGCCACAAGACAGCUGCUCUUGCUAUGAAGUCAAUAUUGUAGUUACCAGUAGGGGAGGGGUAUACUAGAUAAUAACACCUGCAUACAUGUACUAUGAGAGGGGCCACAAGACAGCUGCUCUUGCUAUGAAGUCAAUAUUGUAGUUAUCAGUAGGGGAGGGGUAUACUAGAUAAUAACUCUUGAAUUGAGGUACAACUAUUUUAAACCAACUGUCUGCCCUUAUCCUGUGCCUAUGAUAUUUCAGACGGACAAGUUAUCUUCAAAGUCCCCUAUCCCGCAAGUUUGGUAACCUAUUUUUCUCAUUAUGUUUUACUGACUCCAAUAUUUUGACUGACUUCAUGAACAUAUUUCAAAUUCAUGUUUCCAUGGUAACCAUAUUGCAAUUUAUAUUUGCCAUGUAUCAGUCAUUAUGUAGAUGAUGUUAUUAAGCUUGCUUCCCGCAUCUGCUGCAUCGGUGUAUCUUUACACUCCCAACUGUGAAAUAACAUUGUGUUGACAGGCUAUACACCAGUCAAGCAAACAGUCAAUGUACCAUGUCCAUGUGUGACAGUAUUGACAUUUUUAUUCAGUAUUUUUAUUGUUUUAUUAUGCUGAUAUUUAUAUAUAUAUGUACACACACACAUGUUUGAUUGUGUGUCAUGUACCGACAGCGUUGAUCUUUGUUCAUAAUAUCAAUCACUGAAUUGUCUGGCCCAGACACCCAUCAUAUAACUGUUAUGCUACAGAUUGUCAUCCUUUAUCCAUACACUUUGAUUGAACCUCAUGUAAAUAGCUGAAUCAGAUAUUCAACAGCCAUUGCCUGAUAAGCAAAUAAUUUACAUUUUAUAUACAUGUUAUAUGUUAUAAUAUUACUGUAGUUUCUACUUAAUAAGUAAAGCAAAAUAAUUUUAUGUUAUAUCCACCACGCCUUACUCAAGCCACACUUUAUUUCUUAGUUCAUGGUUUUUGAUGGUUACACAUUUUUUUUAAGGUAAAACAAAAUGCAUUGUACAUUAUUUUAUUAAUCAUCUUCGGGGGUUGAAUUGGAUUGGUAAGUGUUUGUCUGGGUCCUCAUAAAUAUUUUUAAUCAAAUUUCACACUUGUUGGGAUGAUUUAUCAUUGGAAUGUUUUUAUUGUUGUUAUGUAUUCAUCCCAUGAAUUGGUUUUAUUGUCAAAUCAACACCGUUGGUGAUGUAAAGAAAACCCAUUGUCAUUCUGAUUUCAAUAUUUUUUGUAUUGGAUUUUCAAGUUUUAUGGUUAUUGGAUCCAUAACCAAGCAAAACAAUACCAAGGCCUUAAAUACAGUACCCCUAGUGAUGGUUGCUCAGAUGGGAAAGUUUCUGUUGCAUUGUCCUUGCCUGCUCAGACACAAUUUAUGGAUAACAACUUCUUUAGUUUACUGUUAUCCAUAAAUUGUGUGUGAUUUGUCAUCAGUCAGCUUCUAAGUAAUGCCUAUCAAACAAUUGUCUGCUCAGGCCGUUUUAUGUUGUGGUUCUCAUGUGUUUCACAAAUAUGAAAAAUGUUGUGAUGACUCUAUUAUUUUGUUUUGUUUAGCCAUGAACAUGAGAUUUUUUUAAACAUAUUUCAGUAACAAAUAACAUUUUUUGUUAUUCAAAAUACAGUUUUAUGAAUGAAAGAGGGAGAAACUCAGUAAUAUUCAAAAUGCACCUUUUUAAUUGAAGCUCAAAUUCGUUAUGAAAUGCCUGAAGCAGAAGUGAUUUGACAGAGUGAAUGUCAACUUUGUAUUACCUGCACUCCCAGCAGUUGUAGAAAAAUGUGUAUGUCAUGAUCAUUGAAAGUGAAGGAACUACAUUGCUCCUAUUUGAAUGUCCAGUGUAAUGAUGUAUGUUUACACUAUAAAAAUAUAUCCACAGUUUAAUAUCAUGAGGACAAUGUUGAUACUAUAGGAAGUGGAGUUGAAAUUGUAAAUCAUCAUAUUUAGACUUUCAUUGCAAUAUUUACAUUCACCAAGUUUGUUUUCUCCUGUUUGUUUAUCUGAAGCAAUAUGAAUUUAAUUUUACUGUACAUUUAAUACAGUGGAUUCUGUCUAAACCAGACUGCAGAGUUGCGUCCCUUGGUUGCGUCCCUUGGGCAUGCCAGAAACCUAUGAUUGUGGUCUCGAAUCCCGGUUCACCACGAUUAUGUUUCUAGGUUUGUCAGCACCAUACCCGUGCUCGUGGGUUUCCUCGAAGUGGUAAAUGUCUGAGACCUGCAUCACUUUGGGCUUUCCUCCCACAUUAAGCUGACACGCCGUGAUAUACUACAUGUAUUUACACAUCUCACCCGUACAUCCGGUAAGCUGUUCUCAUCAAUGGACAAUAUGUUUUACAAUGUAGACUGAUGCCCAGAAUGGCCUCAUCAGUAACAUACCGUAGUUUGAGUCUGUCUGAUCCGACUUUAAUCAAGGUCUCAGUUUAGUUUCGACUGAUUCCACUGUAUAUACAAGAUAGCAAAAUCUUCCCGAAACUUGUACUCCAUGCUCUGAUGUGUCAUUUGAUGGAUGGGGCUGUAUGUGUGUUGUCCAAUUGGUCAGCGUCAGUCAUCAUCCAGUCAGGCCAGUUCUAGCUCAGAUUCUCAGGAUUCAUACAAGCAAUCAAUGUCAGCACCAAGGCUCUGUACACUUUCAUCAUCCUGGUAAGGCCACACGUUUUUUUACAUGCGUUACCAAUUUUUUUGCAGGAAAAUUCCUGUCAGUAGGUGGGAAAAAGAAUUCAAUUUUCUUUUAAAUUUCUGCUCCACUGCAGGUCGCCUGGUAUGAAAAAUAGAAAUGGUUUAAAGUGGGAGAAGAGCCUGAGACACAGCUGUUGCUAUAAGCAAUACAAACCUGACGAAUCAAGUGAGAAUACUGUUGUGUAUAUAUGUAUCCUAUCAACUUCAGCAAAACCCAACAAACAUUUUUUUGAUUCCAAUGUGAUAGAUGUAAACUUCAGUGGGUCCUUGUUUAGAAAAUUAUAGGCUGGAUAUAAGAUAGAGCAAAUUCUGAUUUAUUUUUGUUUUCCUUUUCAACAAUAUUUACAGAUGACAGGCCCUUAAAGCAAGUGAAAAAAGGUUUGGUCUUAUAUGAGUACCAUUUUGUGAAGAAAUUGCUAAACAUUUUGUUCUCUGACAUGUCAUUAUUUAAUAAACUUGUGUGUGUGUAUAUAUAUAUAAAUAUAUAUAUAUAUGAAGGCAACCAAAGACAUAUUUUGUCUUCCUUGUUGACAUUACCUUUGAUUGUUUUGUGGUAUAUGCAUGCCUGGGAUAGCAACAUAUUUAAUUUGCUGUUUCUAUUUUUUGACAUUUGACCUAUUGUGCCUUUUUCUGUCAGUGUUAAGGAAUGAAUAGGUUAGGGUGUGUCUGACUUCAUUAGGAAAAUGGUGAGCAUGAAUUGUCAAUAGACUGUUAACACGUUGUCAGUAUACAAGUAAGGGGCAACCAAUUGAUAUUUGGAGGGGACCCUGGUUUCUUUUUGCAAUAGAAAAUGUUUGCACGAAAAUGCUGUAAAAUAUAAAUAAAUGCCUCACUGGACAUGCCUAAUCUUCUGAAAAUAGUGUGAUGUUGGUACUCUCAAAACUGUUAGCUCUCACUUUCAAAAAAUGUUUUUAUUAAAACAAAUAUAUUCUGUAUAACAUAACUUUACUGUUAUACUAUAGUACUGUUCUUGCAGUUAUAUUUUUUGUCAGCCAUCAAGCAGAUUUUGCAGUGGCAGGCUAUGUGAUUUCCUAGUACAUAACAUUUGUGAUGCAAGAUGAUGUAAGUCAAAACUAUUUUUUGAUUCAAUGUUCUAGUUUUCAUAUUUGUUGCCAAAAUGUCCUUAGUAGGUUUUACUCUUACAUGUCAUGUGACAGAAGAAUAUAUUCAUGUCACAAGACGCUUCUGUUCUGGAAGCUUUUUGCUAAUGCUCAGUUACAACCUUUAAGGUGAAACAGAUGAACUCCAAAACUGCUUUUGUCUUCCUGUUUUGUGUCUUCUGAAUGCCCAGAAUACUAGUGAAUGGAUAAUCAGAUUUCAUAAGAUAUUAUCAUAUUUUACAAGGUUUAAGCAGUAGGGGUGAAACGAUACAGCAAGGUCACGAUAUAUAUCGCGAUAUGCAUAUUUACGUCAAAUCUAGUGGAAAUGUCUUGACUUUAAAUAUUUCAGAGCAGGUUCAAAAGGCAAAGCUAGCUGUAGACACAUGUUCGUUGUGGCUAUUUUUAGUAGUGAACUUAAUUAGAACACCUUUUGCGAUUUUUUACUGACAAAUACGUUGGGUGGUCAUUAAACGAGCAGUAAUCAAUUUAAGCAAGUGUAUCGUUUUGUAUCGUUACAGAAAAAAAUGUAUAGUGUAUCGUAUCGGCACACGAAAUCAGUUAAUUUUAGUGUUUAGUGUUCAGUGUUCAGUGUAUGAUCAAUGGCAUACUGCUGUUUGACCAGUACAUAGAUGGGUAUGACCUUUCACUGAUCACUGAGUAAGAAGCAUCAAUCGCAAGGUCUAUUACACCUACAAUUGUGAUAGCUACAACUAUGUCAUGUAUCUUACAUCAGCAGAUUUGUGCAGUGGUAAGUUGAUAUUGUUAGUAAUUGUAAGGCUGUUGUUUUUUAACUUAUCUACAUUUUUUGACAAUCGUUUGAGCUGUUAUGCACGCAUAGUUAAUGGAAGCCUGUACUGAAGACCCUCUUUUGUCUUCACGUUCACCAGGCAGUUCUCAUGUGUUCACACAAGCUUGUGUGUGUUAUUAUUAUUUAUGUUUUUGUUGUGCUCAGUGAUACUUCACGAUGCUCACUUUUGUGACAACUAUCACAGCCGAUAGCUUCAGGUCCAACUGUAUUCCACCCUGUUGUCAGUCACUCAGACCCUGCAGAAUAAAUUAAAAAAUGAUUCCAAUUUAAGUCUAGAAUGAUUUGGCAAGUGGAGAGUGCCUCUGCUCUAGCUCCGAAAUUAAGUAUUAUUCUGUGCUCCAUUUGGAUUGCAUUUUGUAGACAUAUAUUAUUAAAUAUGAUAACAUUAUUUCUGGAACUAAAUGUUUGUCUAACCUUCCUGAUGCAUGUCACAGUGUUGUUUAUAAACCAUGAGGAGGUGGGGAAGAGUGAUAAUUGUUUUGAGCAAUUGUAGGAUGCCACCUCGUAGGAUCCCUCAUACUCACCUUGAAUGUUACCUGUUCAUCCCUCAUUCUUGCUUACUGGGAAGAUUAAUUCCUUAUCCUGCCUUGUGUUUUACAACCACUCAGUGGUAUAUCAGUGUGAAUAACAACGGGUGAAUCGGACCACAAUAUUUGUGUAAUUAUCGUAGAUGUGUUCAUCAUACUCAUGUCAUUUGUACUGUCAGGUUUUAUAAUAGGCCAUAGAAUUUUUUAAAAUAUGUUAUUUAAUAUUUUGAGACUCAAUGUUACCAAUGUACAGGUGCUUCUUAGCCCAAGAUACAACAUUUUGUUGAAGUUUACCCUUUUGUAACAAAGUUUAACUCUCUAUUACCAUGUUGUACCAAAUAAAGUCAUACACUUUGGUA